GCAAUUUUCUGACGACAAUUAUUUUCUACAAUCUUUCAAGUGAAUCAACCUUGCAACAAUGAAUUUAACUUAUUGGAUUAUCGCUGCUAUCAAGAUCGGGUUUGGCACCUGGUUUCUCGCACUGAUAUUUAGAACAUCCUACUAUCUUUUUACUAAGCAGCAAAGAUCCUCGUCAAGUAACAACGUACAAUCUAUUCUAGACCAUAGAGCAGUUGCAAGCUUCGGGGUUCUCCAAGAUAGGUGUUUGCAGAACCGGCUCAUAGCCCGAGCCAUACCUAAUGGAAGACUGAUAGAUGUGUUCGGGAUCGACAACCCGUUCACAACUACAAGUGUAAUCAUCUAUAGGAGAUUCAUACAAAAGGUCGGACCAGGAUUACACGGGACAAAACCCGAGAAGUGGCUUAAAUUUUUCAAAGCCGCCUCCACAACACUAGAUCUUAUUUUACUCCAAUUUCGGGGCGUAAGAUACUCGUUACCCUUAGCUGAUCUUGCUAGACAGCUCGUCUUCAUUUCGAUCUUACAUUCGUUCUUCGACGUGGAUCCCAAGAAUGUCAAUCUCGACGACGUAGGCAUCGCGACUGCAUCUAUUAACUUUCUUUGGGUGCACUCGAAAACAGCACCGCAAUGGUACCCAUUGGGAAGACGGGUGGUGCUCGAAGUGGCACUACAGCAAAUACUCCCAGACAAGUUCCCUUGUAGCGCCGAGGAUCACCCUCUGAAUAUCAUCAUCCCGGCCUACGAGACAAUGUGGCGCGUCGUUUUAUUGACAUUCGUCUCCGCUGGGUUCCGGAACGUAGACCAAGAGACAGCAGACCAGUUCCGAAAGGUUAUCGAACGAGUACCGAAAUGUUUUAAGGGCAAAAAAUCAAAAGAUGUAAGAGCGAUGGCAGUAAAUUUCGCCAGGGAGGGUCUUCGUCUAUAUCCCCCAACAAAAAGGAUCUAUCGCGCCGUACCUACGGAAUCUCAGAGUCCCCCGUUUUUCACCUACGAUGAAAAGAUCGCCGACAUCGAAAAUUGCCACAGGGAUCCCAAUAUCUGGAUCAACCCGGAGCAAUUCCGGCCAUCACGGUUCCUCCCAGAAGAAUUCACGGAUGCCAUGAAAGAGGCGUACUUACCGUUCAGCAUCGCGCCGCACCGCUGCCCGGCCGCUGACACAUUUGCUCCUCAUGCUAUUAUCAUCCUAGUGGUCGUACUAGCAAAGGGCUUGGGCACUCUAGAGUCAGGCUCGAACGUGCGGUUUGGGAAUGCUAGGCUAGACGGGGAUAGGAGUGCACUGUUGCCGUCUGGGAGGUUGGAUAUGGAGGAUUGGAGGCUAGAGAUGAAGGAUGCCGUCUGAACUAUCGAGUGGCUACGUGAUAUGGCUGUGUGAUAUGUGACAGAUAGGACAAUCCAGGCAACAUAGCUAAGAAGGGGGGAUUUCACCGGCGCCAAGCCUAUUGCCAAACUUUGGAGGACGUCUUUCUGGUAGCACAACGUUUAAGGGUGAGGGACUACAUAUUGAAACGUUCUAGAAUGUAUUAGUACUACCAGUUUUAGAUGUCUACCUCCUUAGGAACUUUCCCGGGAUUCUUCAACGCUUGCUCCCCUUCUCUUAGCACACUACCUCUGUCGCC